CGCUCGCGCACACGUGUUGGACCGAAGUGCUGCGGCGUCGGCCAGAGCAGGGAGGCCUCGCACGUGUUUUGAAAGGGACACCCGGGCCUUUGCUGUUGUGGAGAUAUCGUCAGCUGUUCUUUUGAGGAGAGAAAGAGAGAGAGAGAGAGAGAAAGAGAGAGAGACAGAUGGACUUAAGGGGAGCCCUCUGUUGUUUUAUGAAGGGUAAAGCGUGACAAUAGUUGCUUCCUUUGAUAAAGGGUACGUGGGUUUGGUUUUGUCUUCUUUUAGAGUUUUUAGAGUUCGUGCGCGUCUGUUAAAGAUGGCGUUAAAUGCGUCUGAGAACGUGAGACAAAGAAUCGAGAUAUAAACAAACCCGACCUUCGAAGCAAGUACCGAAUAAGUAAUCAAAAAAAGAGAACUGAAAAUAACCCGACAGACAGACACACGCAGACGGGCAGAUACGUCCCCCAUCUCCUUCCCUCCCGCCUUCACGUUACCCCCAAGACGUAACGACAUGCACGCCGCCGACAGCCAAUGUCACACGGAAAUCGUUACCGUGCCCCUCUCUAUCGACCCCGAGUAACAGUGCCCCACCCCAAGGACCCCCCUCCUGUGGCCCGGUGGAGACGCAACAGCCUCGCUUCACCUGUUGCAUGGUUCGACGCACCGGCUCGGAGCUCAAGAGGGGAAUGCGCGCAACAUUUGAAAAAAGGAGACGAGCAUAGCGAAAUGAGAUAAGAAAAGAGACCCUCUAAAACACCACGUAAAUUCAUUCCAUAAAAAAGGGGAAAAAAAUCUAUUUUCAAACAACAAUAAAAUGAUUGCGAGUUAAGAAAACCGCGCUCCUGACUUCUGAAAAAAGUGUGAGGUUCCGUGACCUAGAUAUGUGUACUCUGCGACCAACAUCUUGACCUGGUUUUAAAGACUUACAAACACACGAAGAAUCCCAUAGAUCAACACAAGCGAAAAUAUCCCCCGGUUCUUGACAUAAAAAGAGAGAAAAAAAAGAGAAAUAAAGGACAUAGAUGCUCUUUUGUUUUCUGCUACUGUGGGCUUGUUGCCGAUAACAGAACGAUACCAUAUUGAGUGAAGCAGACUUGUUUUUUUUACUGAAACGUAACGCUGAAUAGGUGGAAUAUAUAUAGAAACUCGAUCGAAAAAAUACAAUAGUAAAUCAAAUAAGGAUAUUGAAUUUGUCAUACUGAUCAAGGGACCAAAUCCAAUAAACACGCGAUAAAGUGAGGAGAAGAGGGAAAAUAUUCAUAUUUUGUAUUCCGGUGUGUUCAUGGCGGGUGGGGAGUGACCGCGGGCCGAGGAUGCUGGGCGGCCUGCUGGCGGCUGCCGUCUUGGCCCUGGCGGGGCUCGCCUGCGCCCACCCUGACGGCGACGCGCUGGACGUGGGCGUGGGCGUGAGCAAACGAGACCUUGAGUUCAACCAGUAUGUGCCCGGCUACCGGCUGCGGGGCGAGCCGUCGUGCGAGGAGCUGCGCGCCAUGUGGAGGCUGAGCAAGAGAGAGGCCCGGCGCGCCACCUCCACCAACCAACUCCCGAGGGCCCGACCCUACACCUACGGCAGACUAAUAGCGUUCGCCCCCGACCCCAACGCCGGCCCCUCCGCGCCCGUCUACGGACGCAUCUGGAAGGGGCGGUACCCCCCCUUCGCCAAGUCCUCCUCGUCCCAGGUGCCGGUCAAGGGCUCCUUCGAGAAGCUGAAGAUCAUGCUGAUGGACUCCGGCGGCAGCCCCCGGGGCCAGUUCGACACGCUGCGCAGCAUGAUGGCCAUGGAACGGGGCCCCGGCGUGUCGUCCAAGGGCCGCCUCAAGGAGCUGAUCGGCCUGUCGGCCAGUGAGCGCCGCGAGCAGCGCCCCGUGGCCCUCGCCCUCCGCGCCGUCGAGGAGUCCUACAAGCCCAGCGUCAUGUCGCGCCGGGAGCCGCCGCCGCCGCCGCCCGUCGACAUGUCCCCGCGGACCAUGCGCGGUUCCACGCACUUCUCGCAGCAGGGUUUCGUCGGGCCGCUGCUGCCGGGAGACUCGAGAGUGAGCGGCGGCGCCCCCUGGCAGCCCCCCGCGCCCAACCCCAGCCUGAGAGCUUGUGGUGACGUCACGGGGUCAUACUGUCGCGUGAACUCCGACUGCGCUUGUGAAGGACUCUACCGGUGUAACAAAGGCAGAUGUAAAGCGACUUCAGCCGUGAAGGACAACCUCGGGUGGUGGUCUCCGGAGCCGCUGCCGUCACAGGACCUGGGCAUUCACAAGUGGGCGCGAACGCCUCCCCGCCCGGCUGCCAUCAACGAGGAGGACCUUGGGCGCCGUGGGUGGACGCGUCGGCAGCCUUGAGGGGCGUGGGCGUCCCCAUCACGCCCGUAGCCACGUUCGUUCGCCGCUCGGAGGGGGGGAAGAGAGAUAUAUAUCUAUAUUCAAGGAAGAGGAAAACGAACCUACAAGAAUUUCGUCGUAGCGUAGGAUCUGGAAGGAGGACAAGAUAUGGAACAAAUACAAAAAAAAUAAAAAUAAAAAAAUGCUUAAAAAUAUGAUAAAAAUGAUCUAAAAAAAAAGAAUAAUCAUAAUGAUGAUGAUGAUGAUGAUGAUGAUAAUGAUAAUAAUGAUGUUGUCCCUGGGAAUAUUUCCUGAUUCAACUUACCUGUGCCGGAAUUAUAUUUUGACUCCCGUUCUUGUUUAUCAUAUGCAGUUCACAUUUUUUUCGCUCUCUCUCUCACUCUCCAUCCAUCUGUCUAUGUAUCUAUGUAUCUCUCUCUCUCUCUCUCUCUCUCUCUCUCUCUCUCUCUCUCUCUCUCUCUCUCUCUCUCUCUCUCUCUCUCUCUCUCUCUCUCUCUCUCUCCAUCUCUUUCGCACUCUAUCGUCCUUCUUCUAUCUUCUCAUUUUUAUUCUGGAAACCUCAAAAUAGGCAAGGUAGAUUCUGGACUGUAUUUACGGCUAAUUCUUAAGCGUAUGGUAUGCAAGGGGCAAAACAAUAUGACUGUUCCGUGCGAUGUACAAGUGUCAUGUCUCGUUGAAGGAAAAAAGAAAAAAUCUCAAAAUAAAACAAAAAAAAUAUAUAUCAUAAAAAAUACGUCGCUUUGUGAAGUCGCUACUUGAAUGUGAGCUCUAUGUAGAUCCUCGGUACGGUCCAAAUUUGCUUCUCGUAAUAACAUACCCAAUAAAAGCCGACACAUAUAUACAUAUAAUAUAUAUAUAUUUUUGUUGUUUUAAGAUGAAAAAAGAUGAUCGAGGAAAUCAGUUUGACUGCUUCUGCCCCGUCGUAUUAAAUUAAGGUUACUGAUGUACUGACACCUCUUUCUAAACUGUAUACUGCUAGGAUAUCAUAUCAUAUAUUGAUUCAGCAUAUCACAGAUGUCAUAUCAAACAAGUAAGAUGGUGUUAUUACAAGGUUUUUAAAAACACUGAGGAAAAAAAAAACAUGGACAUAUCCCGUAUUUGUGUGACGCGCAUCUCUCUCGUUUUUUGUUUGUUUGUUUCUUUUUAUCUCUAAUUCUUAGAUCACUUUGUCGUAUUGUCUUACUCUGUGAGGAUAUAUAUUUUUUUCUCUCUCUUUUUUACUUUGUUUAUAAAUUAAUUGUGGAACAUUGAACCUCGGUGCUUUAAGGUAUUUUUAUUAUUUUCUGUAUACCCCAGUGGGCAGAUUUUUUUUCAUUGCAGUAGAAUGUCUGCCUGUGUAAUAGUAAUAAUACUAAUAAUAAUGAUAAUGAUUAAUAAUAAUAAUGAUUCCGGCAUACAUGUCACGCCUAUCCGACCACUCACGGUCAUAUCUCUACCUACAUAUCUGUUGAAAAGAUAAACAUAUCUUAAACUCCUGUAUAUAUUUUGCGAUAAUUGUAAACAAAAACACAAAAAAAUCAAUUGAAGAUAAUUCA